AUGCGGGCUGCGACAGCGACGACGAAGCACGACCGCCGCUUUACGAAGAAGGCGACAGCGUACGCCGCCAUUAAGGAACAACCCGUCACGCUCAGCCGCCGCCACUACCAUCGAGAUCGACCAGCACGUCGCGCCCCCGAGCCACGAGCACUGCUCUGCGACGACGAGCACGAGCCACAACGUCGCUGCCAACGUGAGCUCUUACACGACGGUGCUGCCGUCGGUGCGCUUCUCAACGUGCUGCCACAGCAAGACGGUGGCAAGGCGAAGAAGCUGCCAAAACCGAUGGGUGCUGCACAUGCAACGGAGCGCAACGACUGCUUCGUCAUGGUGUCCGAGGCCGCCGCGUCGUGUCUCGCUCUCGAGAAGCGCUGGAUGGACCACGAGGUGGAUGCGUUUCUAGCGUCGAAGAACGUGCCGCAAGGAGCUCCGGUGCCGGCGGGUCUCUUGACAAAGCUCCGAGAGUUUCUCGAGAGGAAGGGCUAUGCCAUUGACAGUGCGACGUACCUCAAGACGAUCGCGAUCGGUCCGCGCUCCAAGAACAUCACCGACGACGUCCGACGCGUCUGCUUGACGGGAGUUUUUCACGUGACGACGGUCGAGCAGAACUACGAGGCAAACGACGGCACGACGGCGCCCGGAACGACGGCGAUGCAGCAUAUGACGUGCAUCAACUCGCCGAUUCCGGGUAAAACUCUGUUUUUCGACCCCGACGUCAACGGCAGUGGCAAGUGGCGCGAUUUGCAGCAUCUCUGGUUUGCCCCGGGUACCGUCCUGCGCAACAUUCGUCGCGUCAUCCGCGCCAGGGCCGUCGUGAACCUCUCGCGUGCGCGUGUGCUGCGUGUCGUCCCGCCAAAGCAGCACUAG